AUGCCUACCCUUCCAACUCGUCCCCUGGGAAAGAACGGCCCUCAGGUCCCCCGACUCGGCUUCGGAUUGAUGGGAUUGAGUGUCUUCUACGGCUCUGCCAAACCCGACAAUGAGCGCCUUGCCUUGCUUGAUGCUGCAUACGAACUUGGCGAAACAUUCUGGGACAGCGCCGACAUGUACGGCGACAGCGAGGACCUCCUGGGCAAAUGGUUCAAAGCCAAUCCCUCCAAGCGAGACGACAUUUUCCUCGCAACCAAGUUCGCCAACCGCGUAGGAACCGACGGCCAACGGUUCGUCGACUCCUCGCCGGAAUACGUCCGCGAGGCGUGCGAUCGCUCACUUGCCCGGCUCGGCAUCAGUACCAUCGACCUCUACUACUGCCACCGGCUCGACCGCAAGACGCCCAUCGAGAAGACCGUGCAAGCAAUGGCACAGCUCAAGGCCGAAGGGAAAAUCAAAUACCUCGGUCUGAGCGAAUGCAGCGCGGACUCCCUGCGACGGGCGCACAAGGUCCACCCCAUCACCGCCGUGCAGAUGGAAUAUUCUCCCUUUGCGCUGGAGAUCGAGAGUCCGCAGUACAGACUGCUUGAGACGGCGCGGGAACUCGGCGUUGCGGUCGUGGCGUACUCCCCGCUGAGCCGGGGUUUCUUGACUGGCGCCAUUACCUCGCCGGACGACUUCGAGGAGAACGAUUUCCGCCGGCUUUCGCCGCGGUUUAGCAAGGAGAACUUUCCCAAGAAUCUAGCGCUCGUUGAGAAGCUCAAGGCGGUUGCGGCGAAGAAGAAUGUCACGGCGUCGCAGUUGACGUUGGCUUGGUUGAUGGCGCAGGGCGACGAUAUCUUCCCUAUUCCGGGAACCACCAAGGUCGAACGUUUGAAGGAGAAUCUGGGAAGCUUGAGCGUCGAGUUGUCCGCGGAGGAAGAAAAGGAGGUUCGAUCGGCCUGCAAUGCGGCUGAGGUUGCUGGCAGUCGCUAUCCCGAGGUCUUUUCGGCGUCGUGUUUUGCGGAUACUCCUCCUCUAUAG